AUGCGCUUCUCGGUCGCCUUCCUGUUGUCGUUGCUCGCCUUCCUGGUUACCGCCGUCUAUGCCAGCCCUCUCUCCGAGUCGUCCGUGGACACUGCCACCUGUCCCUCGAGAAACUUCCAAGUCGUGGGUUACUUCUACGGUGAAACCAGCGACAUCCCUAAUGUUCAGUUUAACAAGGUCACUAUCCUCAACUUCGCUUUCGCGACUCCUCAGGCGAAUGGUACUUUGGAGCCCGAAUCAGGGUCUUGGGAUACCCUGGUCGCACUCAGAGCGGCUGCGGCUGCAUCUGGCUCCAAAACGAAGGUGGUUUUGAGUAUUGGAGGAUGGGGUGGAAGCACCUUCUUCAGUGUCAUUCCUAGAAGCCCUCAACUCAGAGCCAAUUUCACAUUGACUGGGAGUUCCCGGGAAGCGAGGGAGCGCCUGGCAACACCAUUGAUCCCUUCGAUGUUGACAACCUGCUCCUCCUGGUUCGAGAGCUUCGUGCCGCUCUCCCCAAGGGGCUCUUUGAUCACGGCCGCUGUUUCCAUCGAUCCUUGGAUCCGCAACGGCACGGAAGUGACGGAUCUCUCUGCAUUCGCCCGAGUCAUGAACUACGUUUACCCCAUGGUGUACGAUACCGUCGGCGAAUGGACUGAAACGACCGGAUCCGACUCUCCCUUCUCCUUGUUCCGCGGCGCUAUCAACACCUGGACAGGCCUAGGCUUCGCUCCAUCUCAAGUCGUGCCGGGCAUCCCCUUCUACGGCAAAACCUUCCACGGCGUACCUCCCACCAACAACGGUCUCAACCAACCCUACAACGGCACCGUAGACGAUGGCCAGCCUUAUAACACCCAGAUUGAGGUCGUCAGCGGUCCUGGAUGGCAGCGUCAUUGGGACACUGCCGAGAAAGAAUCCUUCUGGUACAACGCCGCCGAGGCAUCGUUCACCACCUUGCCUGACCCACGCUUUGCUCGACAGCGCACCCGAUACGCGUUGAGGAACGCCGGCGGAAUCAUGUUCUGGGCUAUUAACAACGACAACGGUGAUCUCUUGAAUGCUAUUCAUCAGACGGUGGUCAGGGGCUGCAUUCCCGAAUCUACUGCUCGUGGCGAUGAUGAUGUUGCUGUUGAGGCUCAGGCUCAACGCCGUGUGCCCUGCAAUGAGGUGGACUGCCACCAACGUGGGCGCAACCGUAUCUUCCGAUCCCAGUCGGCGUAG